GAAGAAGGCGGACAGCGAGUCUACAUGGUGCGAUACGCGCAGAGCCAUGCCGCCACUACGCAAAAGCACGAUUUGUGUUUAUCAAGUCGCCCCUACAUCAGAUUAACUAAACAAACAGACGAGGAAGCGUCACUUACUCGUCGACCGUCGAUCCGAAUAGUCCAAAAUUGUAACUGAAAAGUGAUACUCAUAAUCUAAGAAGCACACAAAUAGCUGAUGGGCACGUGAAUGCAGAACGUGUAUGAUUGACACCGUGUAGUGUAGUAUGACAAAGUGCACGAACAAAACGAGCGUUGUGUGAAGUUCAUAGGAUACUGUACCACUAAUUCAAUUUAAAUCAUGUUGGACUAGUCAUUUCGCAGUGGGCAGUACUUUUUAAUCCAUAAAUCCAUUAGUAGAGUGAAAUCAGCAAUGAGUGAGCAAUGGUGACAUAGUUGAUUAUGUGUGAAGGGUGCCAUCAAAAAUACCCUAGUGUCUAAGUACUGAUGCGAGCAGUUAUAGUAGUGAAUCAUGAAACUACUUCUGAAAAUACACAGCAAGGAGCGGAAUCAUCUGAAUCCGCAACGCAAACGUAAAUACUACCGCCGAGUAUCCAAGUCGUCAUCCUCAUCAGCCGGCAAGAAUUCAUCCUAUGCAGCGUCAUCGGAAGCCAGUUACAUAGCUAGAUCUGGUCGAAACAACCAAAAUCGAGGCCUUCCUUCCCCUGAGCAGUCAUCUGUUCUGAGACAGGAACGAUACUUCCUCUAUGGUGCACUCAUUCUUUUCACGAUCAUCGCAUUCUCCACAGCUUUAUACUUCAUCAUCAAGCAGACACAAAGCAACUCUAACCUUAGUCAGCCGGAGAUUCUCUUCGGCAACAACUACCAAUCGGGAACUAUUCCCAACCUUGGCAACGGCCAUCUAGUCAUCGACCGUCAAAACUGGGGUGCCCAGAACGAAGUCCGCGGUCGUUAUCCUUUACAUUCGCCAACUCCUUACGUGCUCAUUACCCACAUCGGAGUCCAAUCGACACCGUGUGUGGAUAUGUACAGAUGCUCAAUCAAGAUGCGAACCAUACAGGAUGCAGCUGUUGCCGAGAUGGGUCUGCCGGACAUUCCCAAUAAUUUCUAUCUUGGUGGUGACGGCUUCAUCUACGUUGGUCGAGGUUGGAAUAUUGCGAACGCCUACGCCAACCAGACGCUCUCUGUUUGCUUCAUGGGAGAUUACAUUCGGUACGAACCGAAUGAUAAACAAUUCUCUGCCCUUGAGCACUUGCUUGCCCACGGAGUUGCCAAGGAUUACCUUACCAAGGACUAUCAACUCGUCGCUCAUAAUCAGACAAGGAAAACUAAAAGCCCAGGGCCACACAUCUAUGAACGAAUUUCAAAAAUGCCUAGAUGGUCUCCUUGUGGGACACCAGGAUAUAGUACCUGCGGAGCAGAGCUUGGUUUACCCACCAUGUGGGAGCAGGAUUUUCCCAAGAAAAGCAAUACUACCAAGAAUUAGUCAUCGGCGUAUCUAGCAAAAGCUUAAACUGGGAUCAAUUGGUGCUAAGUACAUCGUAAUAAUACACUUCACCCAUACAUUCAGUAUUAGUAAAGUGCAGAACGUGAGAUAAAC